GAUUCACAUCUGUCCGUUCAGGUGUGAGCUUGUGUAGUGGAGCGUAAGCGCUUCCUGUAUCAUACUUUUUUUUUUGCUGUCUUUCAAGACUCCUUUCUAAGCUCCGAAUACUUUCACGCCAUCUUUUUAUUAUUAUUGUUUUCUUUCCCCUCACAGUGUUCUGAUUAAUAAGUAAGCCUGCACCCGUACGUGUGUGUGUGUGUGUGUGUGUCUCAGCUUUCUUAUACCCAAUCAUUUCUCAGUUUAAAGAGUUAAAGAGGAAGAUGAACUCCCAAUUGUCUCCUGCGUCCCUCGACGGCGGGGGUGCCAACUUCAUGCACCGCGAUCGAUUUGAGGUGAACCAGUACGUGCGCGUGCAGGUAUCCGCGACCCGCUUCGCCAUCGGCGUGGUGACCUCCAUCGACGAAGAUCACGACAAGGCCACGGUGGAGACGCGCAACGGCUACGAGGUGACCCUGCCCAUUUCGUCCCUGCACCGCGCCUUCUUGGUUGUGCUCGAUCUCAACGGCGUGCUCGUGGCGCGUGGUCGCGGCAGCUUCAUCCUGCGCCCACACGUGAUGGACUUUUUGAAGUUUGUCUUUUCAAACUUCGUGGUUGCUGUGUGGACGAGCGGGUUGCAGCGGUCGUCCAACCCGAUCAUCGAGCACGUCUUUGGCAGUUAUCGUGACCUCCUCCUCUUCACGCUGUUCCGCGAUUCGUGCGUGUCGAAGGCGACGCCGGAGAACCCGUACGGCACGGAGAAGAACCUGCAGACCAUCUUCGACCGCUACCCGCUGAGCUUCCACGCCGUGAACACGAUCAUCAUCGACGACUCGCCCGACAAGUGCUCACACCCCGAUAUUGCGCUGUGCCCCGUCCCAUUUAAGGACCCCGUCGCACAGAGCCAGGAUGACGGCCUCUUGGAAACAAUGGAGACGCUGCGGCAGGUGCUGCUGCUGGACUCCGGUGCGCCGCUGAUCCUCGCGGCAGAGGAGCGCCUGCACCGCUUGGCGGAGCAGCAGCAGCAGCAGCGACACCGAGACGAAGAUCAAUCGCAGCAACCGCAACAGGAGCAGAGUGGCACGACCCCGCCCUCUGUCACCGCACCCGGCGCCUCCUCAUCCAAUUCGGAGCCGCAGCACUCGCCUGAAUACCCCGGCGUGCCAGCAGACAUGGAGGAGGUCGAGCUGUGGCGCACUCGGCUCUGCUGCGAGAACCUAAUGGGCACGUGCGCACGCGGCGAGACGUGCCCCUUCAGCCACGACCCCGACGACAGCCGACCCUGUUCGCGCAAGAGCAACUGCCGUUAUCACGGCUCGCGUUGGCCCAAGACCAGCGAGGAGGCGGAGCAAGAAGUGGCGCGGCGCCAACUGCGCGAAGCCAAGCAGCGGCAGCGCAAGGUGGAGCUCGAGCAGCGCCGACACGAACAACAGCAAGAGAAAAACAGCCGCCGAGGACAGCUGCGGGGCCCGACAGAUCUGCUGAGUCAGCUACAGCAGUCCGUGGCAUCGUCGUCGUCUUCGCUCCCUCUGCAACGCCAGCGGGGUGGGGGCGGUGGCGGUCGUCAUCGCCAGGAACGGCGGCACCCCCGGCGCAACGACAGACGGGACGAGGAUGCGUGGGGUGGAGGAGAAGAAGAAGCGCACGACAACACGAUCCACGAACAGCAACAACAGCGGUGGAGCACGGCGACGGCAGGGAGAGGGUCCUCCCCCACGCAGGGAUCGUACAACCUGAAUGGGCCACAGGAGCGUAGCGAUUGGAAAGGAUCGACAUCGUCGCCACACCCCACGGUGGGUGACGCAUUUGGCGAAGCCUCGUACACACAUCUAAACGGCAACAGCGGCAAUAACGACAACCACCUCAGCUCUAGCUAUCGACGGCUGAUGCAGCACCACAACCAGAACAGCCUCAGCCACAACGCCAGCGCGGACCUCCGCCACGAGGCACACCCGCAAUCUCACGAACAACAGCGACACGGCCAAGAUAGCCAAGUUGCAGAAUCAGUGUCUUUCUUCUUCCAAAAUGCGACCACCACCACUAUAGAGCCCUUCAGCACACGUCCAAUCGCGCCAUCGCCCCCAUCCGUGCAGCAGCCUGCGAUGCAGCCCUUCCCCGGGCCGCCCGCCUCGCUGUUCGCGGCGCCGUCAGGGCAAAAUCAGAACUUCGGCACGGGAGGGAGCUAUCGCGGGUUGCCGGAGCCGCCGCAGCCGCAGACCAUUCACAUUAGUGGAAGUUGUGGCGACUCGAACGCCGUUGUGAACCAGCUGCAGGCACUCAUGCGGAAGAGCUAG